AUGUUGGUGGGUAAGUCAACGGUACAAAUGAUUGUGCAAAAAUAUCAAAAAUUAAAAACUGUUAAAACAUUGAGCGACCGAGGAAGAAAACGAAAAACAUCAAAAGAAGCCGAUGAAUUAAUUGUUAAGAAACUUGCCGCCGAUCGUAGGAAAUCUUCCAAGGUUAUUCGACAGGAUGUAGCCACAGAAUUAGGAGUUACAAUUUCUGAAAGGACAACUAGACGUAGACUGAAUGAGGCUGGAUAUUAUGGACAAGUUGCACGAAAAAAACCGCUGACAAAACAGUCUCAUCGUUUAAAACGACUCGGCUACAGUUACACUUAUUCGACGAAGAAAACUAAAUUUUGGGAAGCUGUUAUAUGGUCAGACGAAGCCAAAUUUAACUUGUUUAAAUCUGAUGGAAAAAUAAUGGUCUGGAGAGCUGUCGGUGAAGUAUUCUCUCCCGUGUGCACAGUACCAACGAUCGCUCACGGCGGAGGGAACCUCAAAGUUUGGGGUUGUAAGGUUCAGCUAAUGCAAACUUACAGUGGAAUUUAUUUUUGA